CUGUCUGCCGUACCCAACACCCCACAAUGCGCCCUCCCACCGUCCUCCGUCUCUCUCGCGCCCUCAAUGGCAGCCGGCGUAUGCCCAAUGCCUUGCCGCUACUUCGCCGGUACUCCGCCGCCUCACCCAGCAACCCCCCGCUCACGAUCGAGACCCUGCCAGCACCGCACACAGGGCUGAUCAAGCUCCUGCUGCUCUCGCGGCCCGCCGCCAAAAACGCGCUGUCCAAGCAGCUCGUUUCCGAGCUAACCCGGUUCCUCGCACCGAUCCACUCCGGCGAGGACCUCAAGACGCGGGCGCUAGUCAUCGGCUCCGCCGUUCCCGGCGUGUUCUGUGCCGGCGCGGACCUGAAGGAGCGGCGGUCGAUGACGCGGCAGGACGUCGACACGUUCCUGGCGGACCUGCGCGGCCUGCUGAAGAUGCUCGAGACCCUGCCCAUUCCGACGAUCAGUGCGAUCUCCGGGUUUGCGCUGGGCGGCGGGCUCGAGCUCGCGCUCGCUACCGAUAUUAGGAUCGUGGCGCCUGCGGCACAGCUCGCACUCCCGGAGACGAGGCUGGGGAUCAUUCCUGGCGCCGGUGGGACGUAUAGGCUGCCCAGGCUGGUCGGACAGAGUAGGGCGUUGGAUAUUGUGCUCAGUGGCAGGCGUGUCGGCGCAAUUGAGGCGGUGCAUAUUGGCCUCGCGAACAGGAUUGUGGACGUCGGGCCGGACGAGGAGGGGCGGGAGAGGACUAUCGAUGCUGCGGUUGAGGUUGCCCAGGAGAUCUGUACGGGUGCGCCUCAAGCGGUCAGGAUUGCAAAGAGGGUCGUGAUCGCGGAGGAUGAGGAAGCGGAGAAUAGGGGGUAUCUCGAGGUGGUCGGGACGAAGGAUCGCAAUGAGGCGUUGAAGGCGUUUGCUGAGAAGAGGAAGCCGGUGUUCUCUGGCUUGUAAUACCUAGAGUAGUUACGGCCGUGCUGUAGAUAACUAGAUCGGACGUUCAAUUGAAUAUAUGCCUUUGCUCUUUCACAUAUAGGAUUGCAU